ACAAUGGCAGAAGGAAGAGACAAAAUUGUCAUCGUCGGGACAGGUUGGGCCGGAUUCGUCUUGUCGCAGGAGCUCAACGAUAGCAAAUUCGACAUCUUCGUGAUCUCACCCGAAGAAACUCGACCUUAUACUCCGCUAUUGGCCAGCGCAGCAUGCGGAAUAUUUGACUUCUCGGUGGCAGAAGAGCCUGUUCGACGCCAAUCUCGGCGUAUCACUUUCUACAAAGCUAGAGUCGAGAGCGUGGACUUUGACGGCAAGACAUGUGCGUGUCGCUCGGAAUGCGACGUCCAAGAUGGUGAUUCCCGGCGAUUCGAUGUGUCGUACGAUCGGCUGAUACUGGCCCCUGGCUGUGUGACGAACACUUUUGGCACUCCAGGCGCUGAGGAGCACUGCUUCUUCCUGAAGAAUGUUGCCAAUGCACGCAAGGUGCAGUACCGCCUCAAGCAGAUGCUCGAGCUGGCCUCCGUACCCGGCAUCACCGACCAGGAACAACGCGAAUUGCUGCACAUCAUCGUCGUAGGAGGCGGGCCAACCGGCGUGGAGAUCUCAGCAGAGAUUUCCGACCUCUAUAAUCAUGACUUUCGACUCUUAUAUCCACAUCUGGCCGGCAAAAUGACCAUCGCCAUUCACGACGCUGCUCCCAGCAUCUUGGGCGACUUUGAGAAGGCUCUCCAGAAGCAUUCCAUCGAAAGCUUUUCCCAGCGCAACGUCCAGACGUUCACGGACUCCAAGAUCCAGAAGGUCGAGCGCGACUCCAUCACCACCGAGGGUGAAGGUCGCAUAGGUUGCGGAAUGGUGUUGUGGACAGCCGGUAACAAGCAGUGCGCUUUGGUCGACGAGCUCGAUGUCUCCAAAACCGACAAAUUGCCACGCAUCAUGACGGACGAGUAUCUCCACGUUCUGGACAGAGACAAGAAACCCAUGAGGGACGUCUAUGCGCUGGGAGAUGCUGCCGACAUCAAGAAAUAUUUCCUCCCCACCACGGCGGAGGUCGCGGUGCAGAAAGCGCAAUAUCUGGUGCAUGCUUUGAAUCGGGACACGGACGGGCAGAAGCCGUUCGUCUACGGCGAGAAGUCGAUUAUCGCGUAUAUCGGCGGUCAAGAUGGUGUUGUACAAGGAAACUCCGAGUGGACCGGAUCCAGAGCGUGGGCCGCGUGGAGAGGAAAGAAUCUGUCGUGGACGAGGAAUUGGCGUCGAAAAUUGAUCAUCAUGGUGUACUGGGUCUUGAAUUAUACCGGAGGAAAGGAGAUUGCGAGGUUGUAG